GGGUAGAUUAGUAUAUCAUUGUAUGCAGUGUAUUGUGCCGUGGAUGUUCACUAUGGAGUUGAAAUAUUUGGUGAUUUUCGCCGUGAUCGAUGUCGUGUUUGCUGGCAAACAUGACAUAUAUCAAGGGUUCUCAGUCCACGAUGUCCAGCUACGCAACACCGCGGACCAGAAGAUUCUGUUCGGGAUGGAAUACCAAUUUGAGUUGGACUUAUGGGAGCAUGGCAUGCCGGGGCAGCGCGAGGCCAGGGUCAUGGUGAGCGAGGAGAACAGGGCCGCCUUCCUCGACGCAUUGGAUGCAGAGGGGAUCGAACAUUAUGUGCACCUGACUAAUGUACCAGAGGCCUUAGAAAAGUUUGAUGAGGAGCAAAGAAUAUGGUCAGCAGGCAGAAACAACAGAAUGAUUUUUGAGAACUUUCAGAGGUAUAGCGAGAUCAACAGUUACAUAGAGAGGAUAGCAGAGCGUUACCCCAACUUGGUAUCCGUGGUCACCGCCGGCAAGAGUUUCGAGAAUCGAGACAUCAAGUAUUUGAAGAUCUCGACAACCAACUUCAACGACCCCAGCAAGCCUAUUUACUUCAUGAACGCCAUGAUCCACGCGCGCGAGUGGGUGACGACGCCGGUGACGCUGUACAGCAUCUACCGGCUGGUGGAGAACCUGCGCCACGAGGACGCCGACCUGAGGGACGAUGUGGACUGGAUCAUCAUGCCGCUCGUCAACCCUGAUGGCUACGAGUACACUCAUACUAAUGAACGUCUCUGGCGUAAGACCCGAUCGUACUACCCUGAAGUCAACGCCACUUGCUAUGGAGUAGACGGGAACAGGAAUUUCGAUAUCUUAUUCAACACUCUAGGAGUGUCUGCGAACCCUUGUGCUUUCACCUACCCUGGACACGUCGCGUUCUCGGAGCCCGAGACCCAGUACAUCAGGGAUAUACUCCAUGAGUACAAGGACAGGAUUCAGAUCUACAUGGAUAUCCAUAGCCACGGGAAUUACGUGUUGUUUGGUUAUGGUGACGCCAGCCUGACACCAAAUGCUGCUCAGCUCCAUCAAGUCGGUGCGGCGAUGGGCGCUGCCAUUGACGCCAAGAAGCUGGCCAAAGCGAGGUACUAUCUGGUGGGAAACAGUGCCAGCGUGUUGUACGCUACGUCUGGAAGUGCGCAGGAUUAUGGCCAGUUUGUGGGAGUCCCAUUCUCGUACACCCUGGAGCUGCCUGGCUACGAGUACAGCUUCCAGGUGCCGGCGCGCUACCAGGACCAGAUCAACGAGGAGACCUGGCACGGCAUCGCGGCUUCUGCCAGACUCGCCAAGCUCUACUAUGCCAGUCGCUAUGUUCCACCUAGUCCUGGCCCCUCACCUGCCGCUCCUGCACCUACUAUAGCCCUAUAGGUAAAGAAGUUGAGAUAGUCACUUCCCCUGUGAAAAUCUUCUAUGGAAAGUUCUAAGAAAGUUGAAAAACUUUACAUAGUUUUCAAUGUGAAGUGUUUCUGAAAUAUAUCUACUUAUGUUAAAAUCAUAUAUUACUAUGAAUUGUUUAUAUGUGUGCCAACUGCUAUGCCGAUACUAUUGAGGCUAAACUGCCGAUGUGAUUUUCAUUAAAGGAGGUUGAAAUUUAUGGGGGAAACCAAAGGAUUCUUCAAUUUAGAAGAAAAAAUAGAGUUAUAAUGUUUACAAACAAUAUAAAACCAACUGUGGCAGCUAUUAACAA